GCCCAGUCCGAGGCGCUCGACGGCUCAAGGCUGUGGCUUUUGACCGGUGAGAGGUGGGACACGACGACGGUGACGGUGAGGCGGUGACCGCCUGACUGGCGGAUCGUGGCCCCGAUCCACAAGGGACGGCUCCGCACCUCGCGAUUCUGCCUCUGCUCAGCAGCCAUGCCGUUGAGGCGGCGACAGCCGCGGCGGCCGGAGACGGGUGCGGCGGAGAGGUACAGGGAGAUGCGGAUCGGGGCUGCGCUGUCGCGGCCCUGGGACUAUCCCACGGCCUGCGGCGAGCUUGCAGCGCUCCUGCGCCUCGGAUACGCGGACCUCCCUAAGGCAGCCCAGGCGCUCGUUGCCUCCGAUGUGCUGCUAGCGUUUCGCCUCCUUCCCGAUGUGCAGACAGGAUAUGCAGUAAGCACUGCUAAUGUUCUUCUCCAAGCGGUAGAAGUUGCCCUACCAAAGCAAAAGAAGGCGCAGGCUGUUUCAGAGUUCAAGCACUCUAUUAUUGCACAUAAAAGGCGUUCAAGAGUCCAACAAAAUUCAGGUUCACCAGACAUACCACAAGAUAUACUUGUUCAUAUCUUCAGUUUCCUGGACAUGCAUUCUUUGGUAGCAGCAGGUCUUGUCUGCUGGUCUUGGAAUUCAGCGGCAAAUGACAACAAACUGUGGAAGAUGAAUUACUCGAUUUUCUUUGGCCUCAGCCAUUUGAGUUGCAACAACAUCCCUGUAUCUGGUGUGCACUACAGCAUGAAUUCAGUGUCAGAUUAUCCAAGCUUUAGCUGGAAGGAGUCCUUCCACAGUAAGUAUGAAGAAUGUGCGUCGUGGAAAUUUGCAUCAAAUAGAGCAUUUUGUGCACAUUGCAGAUCAGUUAUUUGGCUGAGCAACCUCACAUGUGCUUCUCCACACCAUUGCCCUAAGAAUAGACAAGAUGAAGUAAAAUUACGGCCUCUGUUACCUGAUACAGUUGCUAAAUACAUAUUGCACGUUGAAGAUCUAGCAGCUUCAUCAUCUGAAAGUGAUGACACGGAUGACUCCGAUUACGAGAAUUGGCACCCAAGAUUUUGGGUGUUAUAGUAGGACAAUAAUAUUCGGAUUAUCAGAUUGUGACAGUUUUUCAAUUUUCUGGUAAUCAGCUGUUGUAUGUCCCCUGUUGUAUGUAGCAACUGCAAACAUGACUCGUCAAAGUGAAUGAAACACAUUGCAUUGCAAAUUGUAGUCUUGGUACAACUA